GAACACGCAGGGGAGAGAGAGAGAGAGAGAGGAAUGGCCUGUAUUAACUGCAACAGCUUGGGUGCUCCAAUUGGACCAACCAUACCCAAAACGCACACGCACAAGCGCGUCUUCUUCACGGCUUUUGCUGCGAAAUCUGGAGGUUUCUCUCUGAACUCGAUAUUCAAAAGAUGCCAAACUUGUGGAGGCCAAGGUGCCAUAGAGUGCCCAGGAUGUAAGGGAACGGGAAAGAAUAGGAAGAAUGGUAAUAUAUUUGAGCGAUGGAAAUGUUAUGACUGCCAAGGAUUUGGGCUAAAGAGCUGCCCCGCCUGUGGUCAAGGAGGAUUAACACCAGAGCAAAGAGGGGAAAGAUAAAAAUUUCAAGUUGAAAUAAUAAACUGAGAUUUUAUGCUCAAUCGCAUGUACUACUUCUGAUCCUUAAUAUAAAACUUUGUUUGACUUUUA